AUGUACACGGUUCAAUCCCUGCUCCAGACGGCGCUCGACGCGGCGUCAACCACAGGCACGCCGCUAGCAGAGAUCAAGUCACUCAACCACCUCGAGCACCACAAGGUGGCCAAUGGCUCAGUCGUCCGCUUCAGAUGCAUGGUGCAGGACAACCUUGACACUCUGCUCUGCCGCGCUGUGGUCAAGCUUGAUCCGGUGCCCGGUGCCGAGGAGGAGGAUCCUGCUCAGCCGCGAGGCUCGCGCUAUCUGUGCGGCAAAUACCGCCACACCGUCCCGCUGCCUGACGGCUACGACGUCGACGACGACUUCCGUGCCUACUCGGACCAGUACACCUACCACUGUACUACAGUGCCUGGCGAGACUCCUUGGCUCCUCGACGACGAGGCCAACGAGCUCCCCCCGUUCGGCACCCCGUCACGCAAGCGGCGCACCCGUUCGCGUGAUGACGACGAUGACGACGAUGCUGGCAACAUGAUGGCCCGCGCCCCGUCGUUCUCGCCCUCGCCCUCGCCCGGCCUCGGCCCGGCACCUGGCGACAUGGAUCUCGGCUCACCGUCGGCCUCGCGUGAGGGCACGCCCGCCGCGUCGUCAUCCAUCGGCCCGGCAGCCAAGAAGAACCGCCCGCUCGCCGCUGCCGCCUCAUCGGCCGCCGCCGCUUUCACCACUCCGGGUGCCACCCUCCGUAACCUCAACGAUGCCAUCGUCAACCUGCCCGGCACCGGCGCAGGCGCCGGCCCGGCCUUUGGCGCCAUUGUCCACUUCUAUGACUCGGACCCGUCGCUCAAACUCAACUCGAUCAUUGAUGUCGUCGGCAUCCUCGAGCUGACGCCAGCAGAGACCGCGUUCCGCAACCCUCAUGAUGCUGAAGGCAUCGACUUUUACGAGGAGCACAUGGCCCACCACCCGCCGUCGUCGCUUGUCCCGCGCAUCCACGUCCUCUUCCACGACACCCGUGCCCAUCCGCUCGCUUCCAUCCCGCAGCCGGUCGUCGACCCGGACGCCUCUCGCGCCGCCCUCGCCCUUCCUUUGUCGGUCGAGGCCGCGCUCGGCAGCUCCGCCGCCGCCGCCGCCGCCGCCGCCGCCACCCGCGCCCACCUCGCCGCCGCUGCCGGAGGCGACGCCCUCGCCGCCGAGUACCUCAUGCUUGCCCUCGUCUCGCGCGUUACCUCGCCGCCCGAGGCAUCCAGUCCGCUCGGCUCGUUCCACCUCAACCUCUCCGGCGUUGUCGGUGGAUCUGCAGCCUCGCUCUACCAAGCCAUCUGCGACGUCGCCCCGCUGGUGGUCGGCGUCCCGCUUGCCAUCGACCUCCUCAACGACCGCUCGUUUGUUCCGCACAAGGACUACACCACCAACCGCCUCGUCGCCGGUGUUCUCCAACUCGCGCCGUCGACCAUGCUCCUCGUCGACGAAACCGCCAUGGCUUCGGGCCAGGUCUCGCAGGUCGGCGUUGCCAACCUCUUUGCCUUUGCCACCAUCAUGGACCGCGCCGCCCUCGAGUACGACUUUGGCUCCUCGCAGGGCCUCGCCUACGACAACAUCACCGUCGCCAUGGACACGCCCGUUGUCGUCUUCUCCGAGGGCACCUCUAUGUUUGCCUCGUCCAAGAAGCAGGCCUUUGGCAACCUCUCCCGUCUCCUCGAGCUCCCGCUCGAGCCGGCCGCUCCGUCAUCGACGUCGUCGGCGCCGGCACCCACCGUUGACCACGCCACCGCCAUGCUUAUCCGCCGCUUCCUCGCUGCUGUCCGCUGGGCGCCCUACACCUUUGACGACUCGCUCUCUGACGCCAUCUCGGACGAGUUCACUACCCUCCGCACCGAUCCUACCCUCAACAUGGACCCGCAGCGCCUCUCGCUCUGGCUCACUCUCGCUCGCUGGCACGCCCUCCUCCACGGCAAGUCCUCCCUCGACAUGGACUCGUGGGCCGCCGUCAAAGACAUGGAGCGCGCCCGUCUCGCCCGCGUUGCUGCCAGAGCCGCCGCCGCCGCCGCCUCCAGCUAG